AUGGGGGAGCUCAUCCCCUUGGUAUGGAGGAGCUCAUCCCUGGGCUGCGGAGGAGCUCAUCCCCGGGGUGUGGAGGAGCUCAUCCCCGGGGUGUGGAGGAGCUCAUCCCCGGGGUGUGGAGGAGCUCAUCCCCGGGGUGUGGAGGAGCUGAUUCUCGGGGAGCUCAUCCCCGGGCUGCGUAGGAGCUCAUCCCCGGGCUGCGGAGGAGCUCAUCCCCGGGGUGUGGAGGAGCUCAUCCCCGGGGUGCGGAGGAGCUCAUCCCCGGGGUGUGGAGGAGCUCAUCCCCGGGGUGUGGAGGAGCUGAUUCUCGAGGUCUGGAGCUGGUUCCUGGAUCACCACAGUUCACAAAGACUACAACGAAAGAAAAGCACCGUCAUCAUGAUAGCAGAGACGGAGGUGUUCGAGAUCACAGACUUCACCACAGCCUCCGAAUGGGAACGGUUUGUGUCCAAACUGGAGGAGGUUCUGAAUGACUGGAAACUCAUCGGGAAUUCGUCUCGAAAACCUGCUCCCACCAAGAGGCCUCUGUUCCACAGAUCUGCUCUGGAGCAGAAGGAGGAGCAGUUCAGGUCCUUCAAAGACCGAGUGGCAGAGAAUGUUCUUCUCUCGUCAACAACAGAAAACACUGAGAACAUGAACAGUCCAGUGAACCGGAGCCGCCUCACAGAGAUGUACCAGCAGCUGAGAGUGUGUGUGUGGCCUCACAUCAACUGGACACAGCCCGAGCACCGGGCCAGGUACCUGGUCCAGGAGGUGUUCUCUAGAGCCCAUGAGAACAUGACCAAAUCCUUGAGCACAGUGUGUGCAGGAAGCACCUCCUCACCACAGGUGGACACAUUCAGGCGCAGGGCUCUGGAGAACCUGCAGAUGGUGCUGCUGCACAGCAGUAAACAGCAGGUGUGUGUGAAGGCCUUCCCCUCUCUCUCUGGACCAGAACUGGACUUGGCCUCAGAGUGUUACUGGUUGGGUUGUCUGAUGGCUCUGCACUCUCCUCCUCUGCAUCCAGACUGGGACAGAGGGUCUGGACUGGUCUUCCCACGGGACAUCAGGGAAAUCAGGACUAAACGAUGA